GAUGUCAAUACACAGGCUCAGCUGGAGAGGCAGAGAGUUGGAGAGUGUCAGUCAAUCACUGUGGGUGUGAGCUUCACCUAUAAGUCUUCAAAAGCUGAAUUCCUUUCGACUAUUAACAGGGCAAAUCAUUUCUCCCUUCUACAAUAACUAGAAAACACCCAGCGAGUGCAUUGGGACAAGUGAGUGCACUGAAGCAGGACUUCUGUUUGCUGCAAGCUCCUAGUUCUAACUCAGACUUCCUCUUGUGUUUUUGUGGAGAAGCAAGGCCCCGUGCGGCAUUGCGGGUCGCUGCGAGAAGCGGAGGUACGUGGCGAAAUCCAUUCUCAGAUCGACCGACUUGAGUGGAAGAUGAGGCCGAGCGCACUGCAGUUCCCUUUGUGGAUCGGUCUCCUCCCUGUGACUGCAGCCACUGCACCAUUGGGGUGUGCUGCUAGCCUUAACUCACUUUACUUCAACCUCUGUGAUUUAUCAGCUGUCUGGGGGAUUGUGUUACAAGCUCUAGCCAGCGCUGGCAUUCUAAGUUGCUUUGUGCUCACGUUGGUUUUACUAGCGAGCAUACCCUUUGUUCAAGAUGGCAAAAGGAGGAGCACAAUUGGAAUUCAGCUCUUUUUCAUUUUUGGCACAUGUGGGCUCUUUUGCCUGGUUUUUGAUUUCGUUAUCAACGAGGAUUUUGCAACCUGUGCAUCCAGAAGGUUCCUGUUUGGGGUUCUGUUUGCAAUCUGCUUCUCCUGCUUGUUGGCACACUCUUUCAGACUGAAUUUGCUUGUAAGGAAGAACAAUGGUCCUAAAGCUUGGCAAAUUUUUAUCCUGGCACUUUCUCUCACCCUUGUGGAAGUAAUAAUAAAUACUGAAUGGUUGAUAAUCACUGUUGUAAGGUAUAAUGGUACCAAUUUUGUACCAGUUGGAGAUCCUUGCAAUAUUGCUAACAUGGACUUUGCCAUGGCUUUAAUUUAUGUUAUGCUUCUCAUCGUAGUUACAUUUGGACUUGCUGUGUCCACUCAGUGGGGUCAUUUUAAACACUGGAAGAAACACGGCAUAUUUAUCCUUGUCACAGUUGGCUUCUCCAUUGCCAUCUGGAUUGUGUGGAUUGUGAUGUAUGUUUAUGGGAAUGAGAAAGUCGGACACCGAUCCUGGAAAGAUCCAACACUUGCCAUUGCACUGGUUGCCAAUGCCUGGGUGUUUAUCUUUAUUUACAUCAUCCCAGAAAUCUGCCACCUCACAAAAGCCAGCAUGGAGCAGAAUUACGUUGAAGAGGUGUAUCCAACAAGAGGAGUGGGCUAUGAGACUAUCUUAAAGGAGCAGCAAGCCCAGCACAUGUACAUCGAAAACAAGGCCUUCUCAAUGGAUGAACCCAAUGCAGCAAACAAAUCCAAAUCUCCUUACAGUGGUUACACUGGAUACAAUGGACAGCUUCGGAACAGCGUAUAUCAGCCCACUGAGAUGGCAUUGAUGAACAAAACCAAUUCGUUAGAAAAUCCCUAUGACCAUUAUAUCCCGAGGGUCACCAUUAACCAGUCGGCGUUUUCCAGUAACGCCUCCACUCUCCGCGCUGAGGAUGCAUUUACAGCCGAGACCAGGCAGCCUGCCCAGCAAGAGGGUAGCAAGGGACGGACAUUUUAACACCUGCUUGCAUGACCGCAGAGAGACGACCGACAAAAUGUCGACUCCCAAUAUGGAAAAUCUCUGUGGUGAAAGGAGUCUCUCUGUCGACCCUUCAUGAUAAAACCAAAAACUGCAGCUUCGGGUCUUUGCUGAUGCUCCCUUUUUAAUUCUGUGAGUGACACUGGAUUAGAGGGAGGAAAAUCCUGUUGAUAUGGCAUUUAGCGGAAAACAAGAGGGAUCAUUUCCUGAAGAAAACCACCAAGCAAUUGGAUUUAAGCAUUUUGUUUAGUAACUACGAGUCAAGUCACAGUGAGUGAGUAACCACACAAAACAUGGAGGAGAACUGAACUGUCGCUGCUUGCUCUCUAUGCACGUUAAGCAGUAUCUUUGCUGUCUUUUUGCUGAACAGUUUUCCCAAACCCCUGACCUUUAUCACCCAGAAGGACAAGGGCAGCAGAUGCAUGGGAAUACCACCAGCUUCAAUUUGCCCUCCAAGCUACACACCAUCCUGACUUGGAACUAUGCCACCGUUCCUUCAUCGUCCCUGGAGCUCCCUUCCUAGCAGCACUGUGGGUGUCCCUGCACCACAUGGACUGCCGCAGUUCGAGAAGGAGGCUCACCACCACCUCCUCAAGCGCGAUUGCAGAUGGGGCAAUAAAAGCUGCAAAAUCCACAUCCUGCGAAUGAGUAAAAAAUGUCGAAGCAUGAUGAGUAAUAAGGCAGUAAUCAGGCAGUGACAAUCACCUUUCCAGUACAAUGUCUUGUAAAUAUGCAUGUGACAACCUCUGUAUCGCUCUCCUGCUUCCUGAGUCACAAACAGGGAGAUGUGGGACAUGGAUUUCCAUCAAAAGAUCCUUGAAGACCCUCUAGCUCAUGCUGAAGAGAGAACCAGGUUCCUCACUAUGUAAAAGGGAGAUGGGUUUAAUGCUCUGGCUGGACUCCUUUUAUCAGACUACAAUUCACUCCUGCGACAUGACUCGGUCACAAUGCUUAAUACAGAAACAGUCCACUUUGUGUUUAAACCAUCUGAAGGAUUAUCAGCUGAUGGAAUGUAACACACAUUUUGGAAUUGCCUGUGCUUCUUCAGGUUGAAGUUGUGCUGUGUCAAGACUCAGACUGCUAUUCCCUUAGUCUUACAGACUAGUAGAGUAUUUGCCAUCUUAUUUCUGCAGUGUAGGCUCAAAGUGUGGAGCCUGCAGCAGGAUCUUGAAACAUAGGUCACUAAACAAUCAAAAUUAACAAAAAAAACAUGUUUUUCAAUGCAAAGUACUGCUUCGUGAAACAACAAUGCUUAAUUUCAUUGGCAAGAAAUAUUGCAUCUUUUAUUAGUGUAAGCAUUGUGGCAUUAUGUGUACAAGUGAUGAGAUGACAGUCUUUACUGCUAUAUUACACUAUCCAUGGGAAUAGGCUAUAACAGUACUGUUAUAUGGGGAUAGCCUUCAAAGUCUAAAUCUAUCACAGAAGGACACGAUUGAGAGAUUCUAGGAAUUUCUCAGGGCCAUAUUUUCCUCUACUUGUAAAAUAUAAAAAAUGAAUGACAGUGGAACAACAGCAGGCCAGAGCAAGACACCACGCUCCUUCUGUUUUGAUUCUGCACCUUGCUCCUAAUCCGGAAUGAGCUUACGGAAGGGAAAUCCUUGUGUACCAAUGCCCUGGUUUCAACCUGUGCUGAUUUCUUCCUCUAACUGAAUUGUGGACAUGCAGGGCUGUUUUUCUGUGUGCGCACUUUGGAAGUACGUUGGCAAAUCAUGGGCUGGCUGGAUAAUGGUGCAUUCAUGAUUUACUGACUUUAGCUGCUGAUUGGUGAGACUUUACACUAGGGGAAUGCAUUCAGAAGUUUGGCUGUAUCUAGGCUUCUACUUUAGGAACUAUGGGGAUGAUGGCUGACGUUGUGACCUGUUCUUUUGUUUUUGCCCUGGGUUUUCCCUCUUCCUCGAUGAUAACAGGACAUUAUUAACAUCUAAAUAUGGUUCUCCGUGGGGUAAUGUUUUUGCAUCACAUGAUCUAUUAAUCACUUGUAUAUGUGGUCACUUAUGUCUUUCGUCUCAUGUGAAGUAAAGUUAAUGUGCCACCUGGCAUUACCUACACUUAUUUGACUAUUAAAAGCAACUGUUAGAUAUCACCAUCACCACCACCGCUUUGCACAUUUUCAAAGCAUGGAACUUCUUACAGACCUCCCAAAUAUUUUUUUUAUUGUAAACCCAGUCAUUUAAUCUUAACUGCUGACUGGCUGCCAUAAUCUUCACAUCCUUCACAUAAGGUUCUCUCCUACACUGCCCUCCAUCCCCCUGAUAUGUGAUUUGCUGUCUAUGAAGGACUCAAAACUUUCUGAGCGCUGCAAUGGGAUUUUUACUGGAGGCUUUUAUACUUUCAUUGUGAGCAGUGAGCUGGCAGUUGGCGCUUUUCCUUCCUGUGGAAGGGUGUCUGAUCCACACCGGCAGUACCUGCCUGGUGAGUGACACUCAGCACCUCCGCAGUGGCUGUGUCAUUUUGGACCAAGUCUCGUGCACUCUUGAGUUGGCUGAGGAAAUGAUUUAAUUUUAUACCGUUAAUUCUCAAGCAUCCAAGCAGUAGCCUUUAUGUAAGUAGCAGUAAAACAGGUGUGUUGCGACUGACAGUUUGCCUUGAUAAAGUUGGGUUAGAUUUUAACUUUGACAACAAAAUUGUUCACUUGCUGUUGUCAUUUAAGGUCACCAUUUUCUACAAAAGAGGAAAAUAUGGCCCUUAGGUUAUUUUUUAUGAAACUAGGAGCUCAGCAAUAAUUUUUUUCUCGUACCUGAUUCAAAAGUUUGUUUAUUAGGUACGAAUUGGUUUAAUAGGUGCAAUUUGUAACAACUUCAGUACCUGUAUUCCUAUGUUAGCCAAAGAAUACACUUUCUAAGCAGUGAAUAUAUUGCCUAUUCUGUGGCAUUUUAGUGAGUAUGCAUUUUUACAUUUGGAGCUGCUUUCUUAUGUUUUAACAAUGAAGUAUCAACUGCAUGUUUUGCUGUAAAAUCUGAAGAAUAAGUUGCAUCAUAAUAGAAAUCACACCCUUGUUUUUCACAUGUAUUGCGUAAGUCACUCCCUUUAAUUAGAGGACAGAUUUUGGUAGUUUUUUUGUAUUUAUUUUUGUCACUAUUUACAUAUAGUAGAUUGACCAGACUCACAUGCUGCAGUUUCAGGUUUCCAUGGCAUCUUUGAAUAAUUAUCAGUAAUCCUGUACGAGUAUUUAUGAGGAUGAACAUUCUUUCACUUUUGCCAUGUUGCAUUUUUGUCACUGAAGUUGCCUGCUGCCUCUCCCCUUAGAAAUAACUUUGUAGUCACACCAUGUUGCAUAGAAGUUAAAGUACAGAAACGGGCUAUUUGGCCCAACUGAUCAUUGCUAGCUUCUAUGCUCUAUACAAACCUCCUUCCACCUUACUUCUGACAGCUAUUAGCAUAUCCUUCUAUCUGAUAUGUCCUGGCCUAUCUAUUUACACUGAACUUGGUUAGCAAAGAUAGCACAUGGCACACCAUCACUGAUCCACUAAGAAGAAGACUCCAGGGACUUUUCUUUUCUGUCUCCCUUUUAAGGAAAAUGAGGAGGAGGAAAUUCUGACCCCACAUCAGUAAAGGUCCAUAUUCCAAUUCCAGUCCCCGGGUGGAGAAUCCAAUUGACUCGAUGGGCCAGCUGGUCUUUUCUCAUUCCAUAUUUGUGUCACAGGGUUGUAUAGUCAUCGCAUUUUUUAAUUUAAAGUAACAGAUGUGACUGUUUUCCCAGAAACUCAGGCUUUGAAUUGUAGAAUUCAAGUGGCACAUUACAUCUUUCUGCCUGUAAUGGAAACACACUCUCUCUUAUCCAAUGCUGAGUGAAAUUCAGAGUUUCUGGGUUAUUUAACUUUUUUUGUGAUCUGAAUAGGCAUCCUUUGUUAUUUCGAAUAACCACAAUAUACUACAUUUUGGUUAAAAUAAACUCCUCUUUACAUUG